ACUAAAAUGCCACUUUUGACUGGUUUUACAGGAAUGGAAAUUGACAGAUUGUUAUAAUUAUGUGCUAUGUAGUACUGAACUAAAUACAGAAGUACACAGCGGCAAAAAAAUCACAUCAAAAUUAUUCCCAUAAAUAAAAUCUCCAGAUAUUAAAUCUAAAUCUAUCUUGAACUUCCCCUGUAGCCGUGUAUGUUAUUUUACCACUGCAGUCACCACCUCCCACCUGUGCUGGAAGUGAUGUGAUUUUCCCAGAGACCCCCUGCCCCUGGUGUGAUGUCUCUCUGCCGCUUUGAAAUUCUAAAGCACCUUCUGGAGGUGCAACAUCACACCUCUACAUCCAGGAUAUAUUUGGCUGCUGCCUGCAGCUCUUUAGCAUUCACUCAGGUACUAGAGAACAAGAAGGAAACAUCUCCUCUGCUUUGAAAAGAUCACAGCCAUGGAGUUGAACUUUUCUCCUUACAUGCUCCAGGGAGCCAAAUGCCAGUUUGAAUACAAGCAAACAUCUAGCACCAUUGAUGCUGGCUACUUCAGUGCCUGUGGCAGCCUUUCUCCAAGUUCCUCCAUUGAUUCUGGAUGUUUUUCUCCUCCUUCGAGCCGUUGGGGAGCUGGAAGACAGCAAGAGGCCACUGGGAUCGACUGCGUACCAGCUAAAAAUCCCAGAUUAGCUCUACCUGCCGAUGUAAAGAGACGUUCCAGGUCUAAAAACCCCGGAAAGAAGCGUCAGACGGCCAGUGAAAGAGAGAAGCUAAGGAUGAGGGAUCUGACCAAGGCUCUCCAACAUCUCCGAACCUACUUACCUCCUUCUGUGGCUCCUGCUGGACAAACCCUGACCAAGAUUGAGACCCUCCGCCUCACUAUUAGCUACAUCUCGUAUCUUUCUGCUCAGCUGGAACAGUCUGAGGAGACCUUCGACCAAGAAGCAACACCAAGAGACUACUCACAAGAUACUUCAGAGAGGCUUGAGAAAGAUCUGCUUUCAGAAACCUGGAGUCUGGAUGAGCCACAGGGACACAUGCAAGACAAUGUCCAGUAUUGUCCAACAUUCACACCCUUCAGUGAUUCACCACAACAGAUGGAAAACAACUUUCCUUCUACUUCAAACUUCAGAGAUGCACAAUCCUGUAUGGUAAGGAGGCUUUCCAAUGUGUUUUUUUCCCUGCUCAACAACACAUGA